UAAACAGCCGUGAAGGCGUAACGAGAGAUGAUGGUGGUUCUGAUGGACAGUUCCUGGAUGUGAGGAAACAAUGAAGCGAGUGCUGCUGCUGCUGCUGCUGCUGCAUCAAAGCUGCUGCUUUGAGUUUGUCAUCGAUGGACGAUGUGAGGACGAGACGUUUCAGGAUCAGGAUCAGCAGAGACACAAGAGAGCCAUUUUGACCAGCGAGGAGCAGGAAGACUUUGAAGCCAUACGCGGAGAUGACAUCACCGUUAAGAGCUACAGGGUGGAGAGCCGCAUCACGUCGCGCUUCGCUCACACCACCGUCAGGAGCUCAGUGGUUAACUCUGGUCCUUCAGCUCAGAGCAUCGGCUUCAACGUCCAGAUUCCCAAACGAGCGUUCAUCACCAACUUCACCAUGAAUGUGAACGGGAUCACGUUUGUGGGUUCGGUGAAGGAGAAGACCGUGGCCAGGAACCUGUACACUCAGGCCAGAGCCAGAGGGAAGGCUGCAGGCAUAGUCAGAGCAAACUCCCAGGACAUGGAGACCUUUAAGACAGAGGUCCACGUUCCUUCAGGCAGUCACAUAGAGUUUGAGCUGCACUAUCAGGAGAUGAUGCACAGGAGACUUGGUUUCUACGAGCACUCGCUGUAUCUGCAGCCAGGGAGACUUGUUCCUCAGUUCCAGGUGGACGUUUACAUCUAUGAACCAAAGGGAAUCUCAACAGUAGAAAUUCCAAACACUCUGGGGCAACAUUUCAGUGAACUCAUCAAAGUCACGUCCACCAAAGACAAGGCUCAUGUUGUAUUUAAGCCGAACCUUCAGCAGCAGAAACUCUGUGAGAACUGCAGUCACAGCGUCAUCGACGGAGUGUUCACUGUUAAAUAUGACGUGGUGAGAGACGCUAACGCUGGAGAGCUGCAGGUCUCUGAUGGACAUUUUGUCCACUUCUUUGCGCCAUCCAAUCUGUCUCCUCUUCCUAAAAACAUUGUGUUUGUCAUUGACGUCAGCGGCUCCAUGUGGGGAGUCAAGAUGAAACAGACGGUGGAGGCCAUGCAGGCGAUCUUAGACGAUCUGACCGUGGACGACUUCUUCAGCAUCAUCGACUUUAAUCACAACGUCCGCUGCUGGAGCGAAAGUCUGGUUUCAGGAUCUUCAAUCCAGAUCCAAGACGCCAAGAAUUAUGUCCAGAACAUCAAACCCAACGGAGGCACCAACAUUAACGAAGCUCUGCUUCGAGCCGUUCAGAUGU